CAUGCGCUCAUCCACAAGUAGCAAGUUUUUGCAUUGGCCCCGCCGCGCUGCACGGCCGUCGGCGCGCCGCUUUUGCAUUGGCCCCGCCGCGCUGCACGGCAGCCGCUGCAGCCUCCGCGCCGCAGCCAUCACCGGCAGUAGCAAGCGCCGGUGAAGGAACGCGCGAUGGCGGCGGGGGAGGAGCGGAUCCUGGUGUCGGUGCGGCUGCGGCCGGUGAACGCCCGGGAGGCGGAGCGCGGCGACGGCUCCGACUGGGAGUGCGCCGGUCCGACCACGCUCAUGUUCCGCGGCAACAUCCCCGAGCGGGCCAUGUUCCCCGCCACCUACACCUACGACAGGGUGUUCAACCCGGAGUGCAGCACGCGGCAGGUGUACGAGGAAGGGGCCAAGCAGGUGGCCCUAUCGGUGCUCACCGGCAUCAACUCAAGCAUAUUUGCGUAUGGUCAGACGAGCAGUGGGAAGACGUACACCAUGGUCGGCAUCACGGAGCAUAGCAUGUCAGACAUCUACGACUACAUUGACAAGCAUCCCGAGAGGGAGUUCCUCUUGAAAUUCUCAGCGAUGGAGAUAUACAAUGAAGCAGUGAGGGAUCUCUUGAGCCCCGACGCAACACAACUAAGACUUCUUGAUGAUCCAGAGAAAGGAACUGUGGUAGAGAAACUCACGGAGGAAACUCUUAGGGACAAAGGUCAUCUCUUGGAGCUCCUUGCAGUGUGUGAAGCUCAAAGACAGAUUGGGGAAACUGCUUUGAAUGAAACAAGCUCCAGAUCUCAUCAGAUACUCAGACUGACCAUCGAGAGUUCGGCAAAGCAGUUCAUGGGACGAGGCAACUCAAGCACCCUUAUGGCUUGUGUGAAUUUUGUUGAUUUAGCCGGAAGUGAGCGAGCCUCUCAGACGCAAUCAGCUGGUAUGAGGCUAAAGGAGGGCAGCCAUAUUAAUAGAAGUCUGCUUACACUUGGAAAGGUCAUUCGGCAACUCAGCAAGGGGGGCAAUGGCCAUAUACCUUACAGAGAUUCAAAACUCACUCGAAUCCUACAGUCAUCUUUGGGCGGCAACGCAAGAACUGCUAUUAUCUGCACCAUGAGCCCAGCACAAUGCCACAUCGAGCAAUCUAGGAACACACUUUUGUUCGCAAACUGUGCAAAAAAUGUAGUUACUAAUGCACAAGUUAAUGUGGUAAUGUCAGACAAGGUAUUGGUGAAGCAUCUUCAGAGAGAGCUUGCGAGGUUAGAGAACGAGCUGAAAUUACCUGGAUCAGUCUCUUGCAGCGCUCACGCUGAGAUUUUGAGAGAGAAAGAUGAACUGAUUAAACAGCUGGAAGACCAGUUGAAGGAAUUGAUGGAGCAAAGAGACACCGUUCAAUCUCAACUUGACAAUUUUCGCAGGGUUGCAAGUGAUGGAAAUAUCAGUGACCACACAACAAGGCGAUGGGAUGAACAUAACCGGUCUCCGGACUCCCUUCCACGUAAUGUGUCUGAAGACUUGCUUUCUUCUUCUGAUACUUGUGAAGCAAUCUAUGAAGAUCAAGACGAUAUUGGCUCAAAAGCACUUGAUGCGUCACAUGUUUGUAACGAUCAUCAUCAUGACCCAGAGAUCCCCAAAGGAACAAGUGAGACACAUCAGCAAGCAAUGGAUGAACAUUCAGUGCCUAAUUUGCAUCAACCAAGAGGCCAUACUUCUGCUGAUAGCAUAGAAAUAUAUCAAGCAAACAUCAUGCCUUCAUCUGAGCUAACUGAGGAGCAUUGCAAGGAAGUCCAGUACAUUGAGACAAAUAAGCUCAGAAGGAGUCAGGCAUUCUUACCUGCUGAUCAUGAUGGCACAAACAUUGAUGAAGGGAAGCACGGUGAAAGCAUGAUAGACACAACAGACAGUGCCAUCAAACUCUAUACAUGUGAUUCUGACCCAUCUUCUGAUACUGAAAAACCUAACAAUGACGAAUCUUUGGCCCUGAAGAGGUGUGUUAUAAGCUCCAGGGAUAGUGUACUGACUAGAAGUAAAAGUUGCAGAGCUAGUUUCAUGGUCAUUCCAAAUAGUUGGUUUGAUGAUCGUUCAAUGGAUAUGAAAAUAACAACACCAGGUGACAUUUUCAAAUAUGCUCCUAUAAGGCCAGAGAAGGUUAGGAGGAGCUUGUAUCCUGAAAACGGUGACUUCCGAUGUGAUCUUUCAUCAGACUGUUCUAAGGCCUCUGGAAGAGUUACAUCUGACACAGUUGUAGACAAGAACACUUGCGAUGAUGAAGAGGAAGGCUCCAUCAAUGACCUCAGCUGCAUCCCAGAAGUGAAAGAGAAGAUAGAGGAGUGCCGUACAUCCCAACUUGAGGGGAAUCAGUAUACUAUUACUGAAGAUCUUUCGGAGAUGAAAAACGCCGAAGAUGUUAUAUCGGCGAUCAGUGUUGACUCUCCUUCACGGUGGCCUAUUAAUUUUGAGAAAAAACAGAAGGAAAUCAUUGAGUUAUGGCAUGAAUGCAAUGUCUCUAUAGUACACAGGACAUAUUUCUUCCUCCUCUUCAAGGUCGAUAACGCAGAUAGUAUCUACCUGGAAGUGGAGCAUAGAAGAUUGUCCUUCAUUAAAGGCUCUUUCAAAGCUGGGUUUGAGGCCAGUGCUACCAUUACAUCAAGCCUAAGAAAUCUUCGGCAUGAAAGGGACAUGCUGUACAGGCAAAUGCUAAAAAAGCUCCAUCUUGUAGAAAGAGAGAGCCUUUACACCAAGUGGGGGAUCGAUCUGAAUUCUAAGCAGCGAAGGCUGCAGCUAUCGCGGCGCAUCUGGACACAGACUGACAUGGAACAUGUGAGGGAAAGCGCAGGUCUUGUCGCAAAGCUGGUAGAGCAUCUGGAGAAGGGGCAGGUCAUCAAGGAGAUGUUUGGGUUGAGCUUCACACUGAACCCACGAUCUGACCGGAGAUCUUUCGGCUGGGUCGGUGCACGCUCCUAACUGAGCAUUGCUGCAAAGACGGUGAUGACUCGAUGUCUGCAUAUCAGGAGAUGAUGAAUGAACUAGAUCAUCCCAGCAUUAUUGAUUUUCACUGAUGCCCAUGUAUCUUUACAGCUAAGCUGGUGAAUUAUCAAAAUGAGACGACGUGAUGAGAUACCAA